AUGAUCCGGGGCGCCCUUGACCUCGACGACCACGGGAUCUCUGACGACUCAAUCCAACUCAGCAAUGAUAGUUCUGCUUCCUUGUCCCAGGAGGACAACGAUCUUCGCGACGACGACAAAGCGUUGGAAUGGCACGAGGUCAUUGAGCUGCAGGCCUUCAGCGAGAGAAAAGCAUGGAUUGAAGAAAAAACCACCUUCCUAGGGAAAAUGCCUCCCAUUGAGGUUUUUGCCGGUCUUGACGCGGUACGAUCUUCCGCUGUGGAGGUACCUGGGCUACCGACGCGCGCAGAGCUAGAGGAAUGGCUUGCUGAACACGACAGGAUAGAAAAGGAGACUGAGAUAUUCGACUCUGGUGAGCUCAGAAAAUUGAAGAAAUUCACCAAAGCUGCUGCACAGCGCAACCUAUCCCCGGAGGACACAGACUUGAUUGAACUGACGCUGACGACUAUCUAUGAACUGGACAAACUCUUCCACUUGCUCCGGGACAGGUCUGAUAAUCUCGACCUCUUGGGUAUCCGGCUAACUUGGGAGGAACGUCGGAUGGCUGCCUGGUCUGAGCUCCGGAGCGUUCUUUCUGAUAUUCGAGAAUUCUUGGCAUCUCGUGCUCGAUGGACGCCAAACGCCUACGACAGCGUCCCCGUAGAAGACGAACUGAUGCCGCCUGAACCUGAGACAAAAAGAAGAAAUUCCGUAGUUUCGAUCAAUUCCACGUUUUCGGAGUCGUCAUCAAAUCUCCCUCCCCUUGUACUGUCUCGCACAUCUCGCUACAAACUCGCCGAGUCUCUUUCGCGUAAUGCUGCACAAUUUGCCAGCCGCGUAUCCUCGCUAAGGCACUCCAAGAUCGCGGGUGCUGGAAAGGCCCUCGACAAACUCAUCGAUCAUAGCCGAAGGCCUGUGCCGGAUGAGUUACUCGACGAGCAGGACAAAUUGGAGGAUCACGGUAUUAACGAGAUGGAGGACGUAGGCAAGUUCGUCAUGACUGUAGUGAUGCAAUGGAAAAAGGCCGACGAGAUCUACGUCGAGACCAUGAAGGAUAAGAGCGCUGCACAGACCCUCCUCGAAGAGAUAGAGGUCGCCACCUCGAGUCAUCCUACGUCUCGGCAAGACGUUGCGUUCCUCUCGCGUGCAACCGCCCUUGCCAAGCGGCUUGCUAUGAGAGACAAUCCAGCCUCGUCAGGGACCACGUUCCCUCUUCCUACUCAUCUCCUCUUUCCGGAUCAAUCCGGGUCAAACGAGGAGGUGAUUCGUAUGCUCUCUUCUGAGUUAGCAGCAGCCGGGGAGCACGUCCGCAAGGCAGAGCAGUGCGCCAAGGAGUAUCACACAAGUCUUGAAGCCGUGAAGCGGGUCGAGACAGCGUGCAAGGCUGCUUCUGACCUCUCUGUGCAGCUUGAAUCGAUCGUCCAACGACUCAAGGAUGGGGUGCCAUCCGAUGCAGGCGAUGGGACACCACCCGAUCUAUCCACGGAGGCAUGCUUAGAAGGCAGUCGACAUGCGUCAUUCCUGACCGUCCUUCCGAGUAUCCUGCAGGAAUUGCAAGACGCUGACGCCAGCGUCGAUGGCCUAUUACCUGGAGCCCGGGUUGCUAUGCUGCACCUGGAUCGCCCUGGUGUCGAUCCACAGUUCAAGCUGGAGGCCGGUAGCAAUAUCGACCGUUUGAUUCAACUCCGUCGUGAGGCUGCGCAGACUCGCGACGAGGUGACGGCUCGUACAUCGGCGCUCAAUGAUAUCAAAAGGACUUGGACAUCUAUGGGCGGGCUGGCAAAGGACUUGACUAGCGUACAGGACGACAUCGCCGCAGCCGCAGAAAGACAGAUUUGGCACCAGCAAGUCCGACAGCAUGACGCACCUCCUACUCCCGAGAGUCCAGUAACGCAUCUCCCCACGCCGACUAUAUCCCCGGCUUCGGUCCUUGCGACGCUCGAUGGAUUAGCCACACGACUUGAGGAGAAGGUUUCAACACCACUUUCCGCGGUGGCACCUGCGAUGGGAGAGUCUCUGAACAAGUAUCUCACUGAAUGCUCUACCGCUCUCUCAUUGUUGCUCGACCACACUCGAUAUCUGACCACAACUUGGGUAUCUAUGCAAAAUCAGGCGUCUACUAUGGGAGCUGUGCGGGAUGAUUUCCACGGUCUGCAGGUCCAGACGGAGGAAUUGAAACUUCGCUUCGAUGACGCCAUAGAGGGCGUUCUCUCCGGCACUCUGACGGGAGAUGAACUGCUGUUGACCGAGGGUGGUCUGUCCAGUCAAUUGAAGCACGCGGAGGAAUCGGUACAGUCAUUCAUAGAUGACCUACCGCGUCGUGUCACAUUUGUGGCACCCGCACAUUCCGAACCUCAUAGUUCACCGUUUCCGAAAGGUCCGCGGCUCACAAGUGUCGAAUUCAAUCUCGCCAUGGUACAGCACGCAGCCGCCGCCGAACUGCCAGUUGAUCUCUCUCAUCUCGAUCAGACGGUUCGUUCCGACUCGAAUGCAUACAGCAUGAUGCUGUCUGGCGCCCUCAAGCUGUUGGAAUAUAAGGCCACUCAUUUCCAGUCAGCGAAGGCGGCUAAGAUCGUAGACGCUGCGUUAGCAUCUGUAGUCAGCAAGGUUCGCCGCGUAGCCGAUGUUGUGACAUCUGUUCAGGACUCGAUGGACCGUCCUGACGAACAGCAAAACUCGGAACGUUUAGGCAAGCUCUCAGCGAUGGUCAACGAGGUGCUGCAAGUGGAGGUGCAGGAAAUAGCACGAUCCUUCUCUCCGGUCCGUGGUCUCAUGCAUCGUUUGAGGACAUUACCUGGUGUCUCCGAGAUCACUGCUGCAGAUGGCAUCGUUGCCUCGCGGCAGCGAGCACUGGAGGACGCAGAGGCGCAAUUCGCUACUUGGAAGGAGAAUGCAGCCACCCUUCAUGAGCAGAUCAUUCUUGCAUUGCAGGCUGAACGUGCCAGGCAGAUUGAAAGACUUCGUUUGCAAGAAGAGAGAGAGCAGGCGGCGGCUGAGGAACGCGCCAGAUUAGCUCGCGAGGAGGCAGAAACGCUUGCGAAGGCCGAGCUGGAUCGAAUAGAUCAAGAACGCAGAGAGACAGAAGAGCGCGCCCGUCGGGAACAAGAAGAACUGGAGGAACGUGAACGUCUUGAAGCUGAAAAUCGGGCAAAGGAGGAACGUAGUAUCCCGCAGGGAAUCGGUCUUAUACUUGGAAGUUCCGAGCUUCUUGAACCUGUUCAAGAAACAGAUGAACAUUCCAUGACAAGGGAGAUUUAUGGACCGGAGGCCAAGGAUGAUUUAUUUGGCUUGCAAGUAUUGCCCGUCACCGCUGAUCCGCUCUCGCAGCAUACAAGCAUCCUCCGACCACAGAUACUAGCGUUACGGAAACGGCUCCGAUCGCUGCAUAUCAACGACGUAGUGAGACCUAGCCAGAAGUCAGACUUGUCGCUCCCUGAAGAUGAGUACCGCAAGAGAAUGGACAAGGAACUCUUAGCCAUCGUCUCCGGAGUGGACGUCUUGCCCCCUUCCAUCAUAGACGACCCCCUGACUAAUGCGGAGCUUCACUCCUUACGCACUGAAGUGAAAGCCUCAGUUGACUUGAUGCCCACAGUGCAUAAAUUGGCCGAUCUGGCCAUUGCGUUACGCAACUGCGACGACGCGUUGAGCGACUUGCUAGAACACAUUGAUAGCUAUCCUUCGGCCCCGUUGGGAAUGUUGUCCUCUUCGCACACGUCGGAUCCUACACUACCUCCGGAAUCGCAACUGUCAGCUCGCAUUGCUUUCACGAAAUCUCUAGUCGACACGAUGACGACGCAAUACUCUGCGGUCUCUGGCGAUCCUCGGGCGGUUUCGGAACACGACCGCAUUGUACAGACUUGGAUGGAGCUGGAAGCCAUGGCCUCUGAUCGUGUCAAUGGUACGAAAUCUCGGCCAAACAGCGUGAUGAGCUCAGGUCGGAGUAGCAGAGCAUCUGCUGUCAGUACGGCCGCAAAAGCUGCGCCAUCCAAGAAGGCUGCGGGCUAUUCAAGACUGUCUGUGGGGGGUUCCGAUGCUCGUUAUCUCGCACCGCCUCCGCCCAAUAGACGGACAACCUCGGGAUCAUCAACAGGAACACGACCUCGCUCUACUAGCAGAGUGUCUAGCAUUUCCUCCAAUCGUUCCGUAUCCGGUCCCACGCCUAAUGUGAGCUCUGCGACGCUCCAUGGCUCUACGUUCGCCUCCCGCCAAAGGACAACCAGUGUAACGUCAGGAGCUCCCAUGAAAACGCCAUUGAAGCAGCCCCAUCUAGCGUCUUCGAAAGCAUCUUCCCGUCCGCGAUCCAAUACGAAUACAACCCCUCGAACUGCUUCACCCGCAUUCUCAGAGACGUCCUCUAGGUCGAUAUCUCGCUCGGGUCUCAACGCAUCAGUCUCAUCGGUAGCGCGUUCGUCAUGGUCGCGUGCUCCCAGGCAAUCAUUCCCUGCGUUACUCCGGUCGCCUCCGAAGAACAAAGCGGUACCGACAGCCAAGAAGCCGUAUAUUGCCAAUCCCAAGAACAAGCUCGACGUUGCUGUUGGUGAUGUUAUCAACAGUCUGCCGGUCAAUAUCAACGUGGAAGUGGUAGCCGACACCUGGAAAGAUCAGAGCGGUAAAUAUUGGAUAGGCGAUCAAGACCCAAAGCUCUGUUUCUGCCGUAUCUUGCGCUCACAAACAGUGAUGGUGCGGGUCGGUGGCGGAUGGUCAGAACUUUCCAGAUUCAUCAAGGAUCAUUUUGCUGACGCUUUUCGUAUACUUCCAGAAUCUCCGAGGCUUGGUUCUCGCGAGGAAAAAUGGAUCAGUUCUGCUACGCUAUCGCAGGCCGCGGAGAGCAUAGCGCUUUCAAACCCGAAGACACCAGAGGUUGCAAGCUCCCAUUUACCUUCUUUCGCACUCUCGACUCCUAGCGGCACCAGUCCAAAGUCAAUCAAGACCGUGUCGUCCCCGGGCUCGCCUUUGACACCUCUGCAGUUCCUUCGGCGAGCGGACCGAGAGUCGCCUGUGCCACGGGCAGAGACUCCCACAAGACCACCGAGGAAUACGGCGGCUAAACCUGCGCGGCCGCCCGUAUGGAGACCCUGA